GUGCACAGCUGCUGGGUUUCGUUGCUUAACUUCCUUUGCAACAUCAGUCUAGCAGAAAGCCUGAUGAGGUAAUUAGGCAGCUGCCCUCCCUGUGUGGUAUUUCACAGUUGCUUUGUUUGGACAAGGCCCGGCAGAGCGACUGGUUUUCAUUCCUUUCUUUCCUCUUUACUUUUGCAGCUCCUGCGGCGGGAGCCAGCCCUGCCUGCAUGGCCUCAGCCUCGCCGCGGGCACACGCGCCGCAGCUGAGCCCUGAGGCGGGAAACGGGCCGCAGCGGGGAGAACCCGAGGGCGGGAGGCAGGGCUGCGUUUACUCACGUCCUGCUUCAGCUGUACCGCUGGUGUUAACUAAAGGGAGAGUAGGUUAAUAUAAGCCAAGCACAGUUUGGGCCUGUGAUCUGGUCAGUAAAUAAAAGUAAAAGCCAAUCCGGCUAGGGUGGUGGAAGACAAAGCUCAGUCAGGUGGUUUUUUUCCACAGAAACAAGCAUGUCUGCUGACAUGGGACAAUUGGCAGUGCAGUGCAAGGCUAACUUCUGGUUCCUGUGGUUCACUGGAUUUCUGAUUUGAGCAUCUAAUCAUCAUGUCUGACCCUGUUAUUCUGCGUAGCAUCAAGAAACUGGGAGAAGAUAACUCUGCUUUUGACUUGGAUGGUAAAUGUAACAGCUUCAAGAAAUCAGAACAUUUCUAUGCAUAUGAAGAACCUUCUGUUAAGAAGAAAAAUGAAAAGUCAUCCAAACAGAAAAAAAAAGAUGUUCGCGUUGGCUUCUUUCAGCUGUUUCGAUUUUCUUCACCUAUGGAAAUUUUAAUGAUGGUUGUUGGUAGCAUCUGUGCUAUUCUUCAUGGAGCAGCCCAGCCGGGCAUGUUGCUUGUGUUUGGUGCAAUGGCAGACACAUUCAUUGAAUAUGACAUUGAAAUGCAAGAGCUUAAAGAUCCAAAUAAAACAUGCGUAAAUAACACCAUAGUGUGGAUUAAUGGUACUGUUCAUCAGAAUGAAAAGAACACCACAAUAAGAUGCGGAGUGCUUGACAUUGAAAAAGAAAUGACCACGUUUGCAGGUUACUAUGGAGGAAUUGGUUGUGCCGUACUUGUGUUAGGAUACUUCCAAAUCUGCUUUUGGGUUAUGGCUGCAGCUCGUCAGGUACAGAAAAUCAGGAAAGCUUAUUUCAGGAACGUAAUGAGGAUGGAUAUAGGCUGGUUUGACUGCACGUCUGUAGGAGAACUGAACACAAGAAUUUCUGAUGAUGUUAACAAAAUUAAUGAGGCUAUUGCUGAUCAAGUAGCAAUCUUCAUCCAGCGCUUAACCACCUUUGUGUGUGGAUUCCUACUGGGAUUUGUCAGUGGAUGGAAAUUGACUCUGGUUAUCAUUGCAGUCAGUCCUCUCAUUGGGGUUGGAGCAGCUGUCUAUGGCUUGGCUGUGGCAAAACUGACAGGCCGAGAACUGAAGGCAUAUGCAAAAGCUGGGGCUGUGGCUGAUGAAGUGCUCUCAUCCAUCAGAACAGUAGCUGCUUUUGGUGGCGAGAAGAAAGAAGUCGAAAGAUAUGACAAGAAUUUAGUGUUUGCUCAACACUGGGGAAUUAGAAAAGGAAUAAUAAUGGGAUUAUUCAGUGGUUACAUGUGGUUUGUAAUCUUCCUGUGUUAUGCGUUAGCCUUUUGGUAUGGCUCUAAACUUGUCCUUGAAGAAGAUGAAUAUUCACCUGGCACUCUUCUACAGGUUUUCUUUGGUGUUUUAGUAGGAGCUUUAAAUCUCGGUCAAGCAUCUCCCUGCCUGGAAGCCUUUGCCACUGGACGUGGGGCUGCAACAAACAUUUUUGAGACAAUAGAUAGAAAACCCACCAUUGACUGCAUGUCGGAAGAAGGCUACAAGCUGGAUAAAGUAAGAGGUGAAAUUGAAUUUCAUAAUGUAACAUUCCAUUAUCCCUCCAGACCCGAUGUAAAGAUUUUGGAUAACCUUAGUAUGGUUAUUAAAACAGGGGAGACAACAGCUUUUGUUGGAGCAAGUGGAGCUGGAAAGAGUACAACAAUACAGCUCAUCCAGCGUUUCUAUGAUCCCACUGAUGGCCUGAUUACUCUGGAUGGCCAUGACAUUCGUUCCCUUAAUAUCCAGUGGCUGCGCUCACAGAUCGGUGUUGUUGAGCAAGAGCCAGUGCUGUUUGCUACCACAAUUGCAGAGAAUAUUCGCUAUGGUCGGGAUGAUGCUACCAUGGAAGACAUAAUCAGAGCAGCCAAACAGGCCAAUGCUUACAAGUUCAUCAUGGACUUGCCACAGCAAUUUGACACUCAUGUUGGAGAGGGUGGAAGCCAGAUGAGUGGAGGUCAAAAGCAGAGGAUAGCUAUUGCUCGAGCCCUUGUGAGAAACCCUAAAAUCCUGCUACUGGAUAUGGCUACUUCAGCACUUGAUAAUGAAAGUGAAGCAAUUGUCCAAGAAGCGCUUCAAAAGGCUCACCUUGGCCGCACAGCAAUCUCAAUAGCUCACCGCCUGUCUGCCGUCAAAGCUGCAGAUGUCAUCAUUGGGUUUGAGCAUGGAAGGGCUGUGGAGAGAGGAACUCAUGAAGAACUCUUGAAGAGAAAAGGGGUUUAUUUCAUGCUGGUGACCUUGCAAAGCAAAGGAGACACGGCGCUCACUAGAGCAGCAACAGAAACAGCAGAAAAUAAAGUGAUUGAGCCAAAUCUUGAGAAAGUCCAGUCAUUCAGAAGAGGAAGCUAUCAUGCCAGUUUGCGAGCUUCACUUCGGCAGCGGUCUAGAUCUCAGCUCUCUAAUGUGGUUCCUGACCCUCCAUUAUCCAUUGCAGGAGAUCAGGCAGAGUCUAUGUAUCUUAAGUCUUAUGAAGAAGAUGAUGGACAAGCAAAAAAGGAAUCUGUUGAGGAGGAAGAUGUCAAACCUGUACCAUUUGCCAGGAUAUUGAAGUAUAAUGCCUCUGAAUGGCCAUACAUGGUGAUAGGAUCUCUGGGAGCAGCUGUGAAUGGAGCGCUCAGUCCACUCUAUGCUUUGUUAUUCAGCCAGAUUCUUGGGACCUUCUCCAUUCUUGAUCAAGAAGAACAAAAAGUCCAGAUCAAUGGUGUCUGCCUGCUGUUUGUCUUGGUUGGAAUUGUUUCAUUUUUUACACAGUUCUUACAGGGAUACAACUUUGCCAAAUCUGGUGAACUGCUUACAAGACGGUUAAGGAAAAUUGGUUUCCAGGCGAUGCUAGGGCAAGACAUUGGCUGGUUUGAUGACCGCAGGAACAGCCCCGGGGCACUGACUACAAGGCUUGCAACAGAUGCAUCACAGGUCCAAGGGGCAACUGGAUCACAGAUAGGAAUGAUCGUCAACUCCUUUACCAACAUCGGGGUGGCCAUCAUUAUUGCUUUCUACUUCAGCUGGAAACUGAGUUUAGUCAUAAUGUGUUUCCUGCCGUUUUUGGCCCUGUCUGGAGCUGUGCAAGCUAAAAUGUUGACAGGAUUUGCUGCUCAGGACAAGAAAGCUCUGGAAGUUACUGGACAGAUUUCCAGUGAAGCCCUCUCUAACAUCAGAACUGUAGCUGGGAUAGGGAAAGAAAAAAAAUUUAUUGAUGCUUUUGAGAAGAACCUGGAUAUGCCGUACAGAGCUGCAAUCAAAAAAGCAAACGUUUAUGGAAUCUGCUUUGGCUUUGCCCAGAGCAUAGUGUUCAUAGCCAACUCUGUCUCUUACAGAUAUGGAGGGUUUCUGGUUCAAACUGAAGGGCUCCAUUACAGCUUUGUGUUCAGGGUGAUCUCUGCAAUUGUGACCAGUGGGACUGCUUUGGGAAGAGCUUCUUCCUACACCCCGAACUAUGCUAAAGCCAAAACAUCUGCUGCACGUUUGUUUCAACUCAUCGAUCGGCUUCCUAAAAUCAGUGUUUACAGUGAAAAAGGAGAAAAAUGGGAUGAUUUCAAGGGGAGCAUUGAAUUUCUUAACUGUAAAUUCACAUACCCCUCGCGGCCCGAUAUUCAGGUCCUGAAAGGACUCUCUGUAGCUGUUAAGCCUGGACAGACAUUGGCAUUUGUUGGCAGUAGUGGCUGUGGUAAGAGCACCAGUGUCCAGCUUCUGGAGCGUUUCUAUGAUCCUGAGAAAGGAAGUGUGUUAAUAGAUGGACACGACACCAAGAAAGUAAAUGUACAGUUUCUUAGAUCGAAAAUUGGAGUAGUGUCUCAGGAGCCUGUGCUAUUCGACUGCAGCAUUGCUGAGAACAUUAAAUAUGGCAGUAACACCAAGGACACAACAAUGGAGAAAGUCAUAGAAGCAGCCAAGAAGGCUCAGCUGCACGAUUUUGUCAUGUCACUUCCUGAAAAAUAUGAAACUAAUGUUGGGGCUCAAGGAUCUCAGCUGUCUCGCGGGCAAAAACAACGCAUUGCUAUAGCGAGGGCCAUCAUACGAAAUCCUAAAAUUUUAUUACUGGAUGAAGCUACAUCUGCCUUAGACACAGAAAGUGAAAAGACUGUGCAAGCAGCACUGGAUAAGGCCAGAGAAGGGCGCACCUGCAUCGUCAUUGCCCACCGCCUGUCCACAAUCCAGAACGCCGACAUCAUUGCUGUGAUGUCACAAGGAAUCAUCAUUGAAAGGGGCACUCAUGAUGAACUAAUGGCAAUGGAAGGAGCAUACUAUAAGCUCGUUACCACUGGAGCCCCAAUUAGCUGAAUUACCGUGAUACUACAUUUCAAAGACUAUUUAUCUGAACAAAUACUUUGCAGUAGGUAUGUGUAUGUUGGUACCCCUCUGUGCUAGAAAGUGCUCUACAAUACUGUGAGUUAUGCAGUACCUUAAAUCGAUGUAGCUUUCCAGUUAGCAAUUGAUCAGGCACCUGGAGGGGCUAAGCACAGGCUAAUGCAUUCGGGAAAAAGUUUUUAGCCCAAUGCAAAGGGAGAGAAAGCCUGAAAAAGGGAAGAUGUUCACUGCUGAGCUGGGGAAUUGCCAUCACCUGCAGUCAGACUGCACAGUCCUGUCCCUCCCUUAAUUAGCAGUCAAGGAAGACUCCAUUCUGGUGUUCUGGAAACUGCCACUUCUUGAGGAAGGAUUCUGAGGCAGGAAGGAAGAGAUGGAGGAAGAGAAAAGCUGCAUACUGGUGAAAAUGAGCAUUGGGAACUGGAUGCAAUGCCAGCUUGAGAACUAGUUUGUAUGAGGAAUGAGGGUCACUUGCCUUUACAACUGCUACUUCACGUAACUCAGCUACAGGCUAGUAAGAAUCUUUUAGGAUCUUUCUGCAGAAGGACUUUUGGCACUGCUUUGUCCCAGUUUGGAGAUCUCUAAGUCAAGAAUAAAAGAUUAACUUUCUCCUGGGACCACAUUACUGAGAGCAAGAGAAUCAGGUAAGCACUUUCUCCACUCAUUAUAUAGGAAACUUAAUUUAAAACAGCUACAAAAGCCUGAUGAAGUUAUAAUUUAAAUGUUUAACAACUUGAAAGCUCCUAGUUAAGUUGCCACGCAGUCUUAUUAAAGACGGCUUGAAGUGUAAUUUUCAACUGUGAUAAAUUCACUAAAGCCAGACUAAGGGACAUGUAGACUUAUUUUACUGUAUCAAUGACAUGGCCAACUCCUGAUUUACAAUACUAGUUCUAUCAAAAUCUCAAGAUUGAUUGGACAUUUGUUUAUCCCACCACUCUAGAAAAAGCUACCCAGUUUGUAGUUUUGGGAACCCUCUUUUGAGAUUCUUUAAGGCAGGAGCACAAAACUCUCCUCAGAAAGUGUCUAUUCUACUGCCAUAUCGACGGUCUAACUUAUGAAGUUAUUGGUAAAAUUAAACUAACUGCAUUUAUUCAGUUUUCCCAUCAUGCUUGGUUUUAGUAAUGUUUUAAUAGUUGCAGAAAAAAUAAGAGGUGGUUCAGACAGGAAGCUGGUCCCUUUCCCUGAAGCACUGUAGUUCCAGGCUGAAUUAAUAGGAAGCUCCAAGAAAACAAGUGAGCUCGUUUUCAUCUUACACAUCUGUAUGCUGUAUACAAGAAUACUGCAGAACUGCUAAUUGUCAUUCUACAUGUAUGGUUGUCUAUGCUAAUACUGGUUCCGAGAAUCUUUGUCAGUACCACUAAGUGGAGACUCUCAUAUAGGAUGAACUUAGAAAUGUGCUGCCUACCCAUAAUUCCUCUCUUAAAACAGCUCACAUUACCAAUAGGCCCACACAUUGCUGCAAAAGCCAGACUGCUAUGUAUAGAGCAUCCCCUACUGCUGGCCAGGACGGAGGGACAGAAGAACAACUAGACCAACC